CAUUGAUUGGCAUUGAUAGGUGGCACUGACUGGCACUGAUUGGCACUGAUGGGUGACAUUGAAAGGCAGCUAAGAUGGGCACUGAUAUGUGGCAUUGAUGUGCACUGAUAUGUGGCAUUGAUGUGGCACUGAUGGGCACUGGCGAGCACUGACUGCUGGCACUGAUGGACACUGACAGGUGGCACUUCUGGGGCCACACCGAUCAUCAGGGCACACUGAUCAUCAGUGCCCUGAUGAUCACUAUCAGCGUGACAGCUCGAGAGGAGAGAGAUGCCGAUAACCGUGUUUACAUGUGAUCAGCUGUG